ACAAAUACUACAGAAGUUUUACAGUUUUUGCUUCUGGGAUUGUCAGAUGAGCCAGAGCUGCAGCCCCUCAUCUUUGGGGUCUUCCUGUCCCUGUACCUGAUCACCGUGCUGGGGAACCUGCUCAUCAUCCUGGCCGUCAGCUCAGACCCCCACCUCCACACGCCCAUGUACUUCUUCCUGUCCAACCUGUCCUUCGUGGACAUCUGCUUCACCUCCACCAUCAUCCCCAAGAUGCUGCAGAACAUCCAGACACACAGCAGAGCCAUCAGCUACGAGGGCUGCCUCACCCAGUUGUACUUUUUCACCCUCUUCACAGUACUGGAUGAUUUCAUCCUGGCCGUCAUGGCCUAUGACCGCUUUGUGGCCAUCUGCCACCCCCUGCAUUAUAUGGUCAUCAUGAACCCCCGGCUGUGUGGGCUGCUGGUGCUGGUGUCCUGGGUCAUCAGUCACCUGCAUUCUUUGUUACAGAGCUUAAUGGUCUUGCGUCUGUCCUUCUGCACGGACUUGGAAAUCCCCCACUUUUCCUGUGAACUCAUACAGAUGGUGCAGCUGGCUUGUUCGAACACACUUCUGAAUAACCUGGUGAUGUACAUCGCGGCUGUGAUGCUGGGGGGCGGUCCCCUGGCUGGCAUCCUUUACUCGUACUCUAAAAUCGUCUCCUCCAUCUGGAAAAUCUCCUCAGCUCAGGGGAGGUUGAAAGCUUUCUCCACCUGUGCAUCUCACCUCUCCGUGGUCUCCUUGUUCUAUGGCACAAUCCUGGGUGUGUACCUGGGCUCUGUUGGCACCCAUGAUUCACACUCGAUUUCACUCCCCUCGGUGUUGUACACAGUGGUCACCCCCAUGCUGAACCCCUUCAUCUACAGUCUCCGGAACAAAGACAUCCUGGGGGCUCUGAAACGACUUUUGCACAGAAAUGCUCCAAAGGGUCUAGUAGUUCAUGACUGA